UUUCGGCUAGCGCUGGAUUUCGUCGCACCUCAUUUGAGAUCUGCACAAGUUUCACCUACAUUUACAACGGAACCUCUCAAACACAUUUGCUCUUACCUUGCCUUGUAGUGGCACUGUAACAAUUAUUCGCCAGCAGAAUCUGGCAGCCAUAGGGAGCAUAUCAAGAACCAACUCUAUCUCACCUCAUAUAUCGACCGGGUUGCGACCGUCAGGCUCUGGCGCUGUAGGGUUUGCUACCUGCUCAUGACAGUUCUUCCUCCAUCGCCGCUCGACUUGAGCGAUCGCCCUAAUCUAUCGCAAACGUUUGGACCAACAAGUCCCUCCUCAUCGUCUCCCGAGGUUGAAAAGGCUGACUUUGUAGUAACAACCAUUGGUAAUGCCGUUGCCGAUGAGGUGCGGUCUAUGCGGUCGCUAACGAGAGCAUCAAAACGACGAAGCGCGUUGAUUUUCAACAAUGCUCCUCUGGAGCUGGUGGAUUCUUGGAGUGAACAGGAUCUACGGACCAAGCUAAAGGAUGCGUUGGAAGCGCUCAAAGAUAAGGAAAGAGAUUUAACUCUGGCCGCUGAAAUCGGUCAGCAGCUUGUAGCCGCCAACAACUCUCUCAUGACAGAAUAUCAAGAAUUGGUCAAUAGAACAAAAUCGCUACAACAGUUGAAUGUCCAGGCACCGCAAUAUGGAUCUAGAGCUAGUCUGAGGGGAGGGUCUCUUCGAAGCCUAGCGCGAAGGAGAUCAAAAGCCUCGCUGAGCAUCGAUUUAGUCGCUGCUUCCGAACCAUCUUUAAGCUCAGAUUCACCAACCAGUACUACAGCACCUUCCCUAUCCCGUCGACGGUCGAUCGGAACACUAGAGUAUGUCAACUCUCUCGAGCGAGCGAAUACGGAUCUAAGAGCCCAACUUGACGUAUUGGAAGCGAAUCUGCGCGACGCGGAGCGAAUCCAUCGGCAAACGGUAUCAAACUUGCGACGCAACAAUGCAAGUCUACAAGACCAGCUACGUGCUACACUGCAGGACCUUCGGGAUGCAGAAGCGGGUCAUGCGCGCGUCGUAUCGAAUUUUGAACGAGAUCUGGAUCAACUUCGUAAUGAGUUGCAGGCAACGGCUCAGGCCGCUGCAGAACUCGAAGUUGACAGGCGCAGAUUAUUGCGUGAACACGCAGAAGUUCGUCGGGACACGAAAGAACUCGAGCAGACCGAUCAGGAGAUUAUCCAGGAUCUUGGCCGACGGGUUAAAGACCUGGAGACCGAAAAUGCCAAGCUGCUGGUUGCAAAGAAAGAAUCGGAUCGUCGUUGUGCAAUGCAACGAAUAGAGCUAGAAGAACUGAGCGUUCAUGCGAAAGAGUUAGAGGCUAAGGUGGCGGAAACAGAAGGGCUGAAAGACGAGUAUGCCAGACAGAGCAGGGUAGUCGACGAGCUGAGAGAACAAUUGGAAGAUAUCAGAGCUAGUGAUAUGGAGCACUUUGAAGAAGAAAUGGCGUUUGGGGGAGUAACUGGGAUAGAUGAAGGAGAUGAGGACGAACCAUACCAAGGCGCAACAGUGAGGGGUGUAGAUUCAGGACAGCUGACUCCUCGCAAGCAGGACUGGGAAUGGACAAAAUGGAUUGAGCGAACGCGGACACGCUGUUGGGAGCUUGACAUGGCUGGGUUGAGAGAUGAGAUUGCUGACCUACGAGCACAUCGUGAAGAGGCUUACAGUCGGCUGCGAAGUACUCUCGAAUCGUGUACGCGACAAGUCGUUGAUCAUACCCCGCGACCUAUUACGUCCUUGGCCAGCAUGGCGAGCUCAGUAAUUGGGACAGUGUUUGGAACCCGAAAGGGAAGAAAUUAGUAGAUGUGGGCAUUUUUCGCUCAUCAAGUUAACGAUUUUCCAACUACAGAUUAUUGAUGUCAUAGUAAAUACUUUUUAUAGGUGAACCAAGUUUGUUAUUUUUGGUUGUAUAAAUACAUUACAGAGUGAAGAGUACAAAUGCAAA